UGGCCGAGGCUCGGGCCCCAAUACCGCGCCCCUCUCCGGUCCCCGCAGGCCGCCGCGGGUCGGGUUCCUGACGAGAGCACGGACUGCGCACCCUUGAGCUGCCUGGGUGGGGAGACGCCCUCAGCGGGAUUUGAAGGGAUUUUGAGAAGUUAUGUCUUCAGUUUGGAAGACUCCGGGUGGGUCAGAUGCAAUGUCCGAGGUGGUGGUGAAAAUCAUCGGAAGUAAACACUUUCAGUACCUUGUGGAAAAGCCAAAGAUUAAGGAGAAUGAGAACGUGGAGGCAGAAAUUCAAGCAGUGCCCCAGAAAUCGGUGACUGGUAAUGCGAAGCAGAUGAACACAGACCCCUCAGCUCCUAUUAAUCCCACUGAACAUCAAGUCAAUCAUGACCCUGAUGUUGCAGAAGGCAAGCACCCAGAAAACAACCAGAAACCGCAACACAACCAGAAGGUUCUAACAGAAGCACGCAGCAGCAGAUUCUGGGAUAACAAACUUCCCGACCAGGCAAAUGUCCAUUGCAGCUCUGUACCAACUGGAGACCAGUCCCUGUCCUAUAUCCAUGGCCUUCCCAGGAGAAAACUUAGAGACCGGUCCUUGGAACAGAUGACAAGGGGUGACUCUGACCAACCUGAGGAUAUUGGCCCGAGACCAAGUGGAACAAGAGAAGACACUUUUCUUUUUGCCCUGAUCAGAAAAGAACUCAAGUCACACCCUUUGAGUUCCAGCUUAUUGGACAAGCUUCAGAAAGAGCUGAAGAUCCUGGAUCCUAUCUCUUCAGGAUUUCUCCUCCAAUCUCAGCUGAGCCGCCUCUUCUUGAGGCAUGAAGUCCCUCUACAGUCAACAACAGUCAAGAUCCUUUGCCAAAGGUUUUCUAUGAGGGGCUCACCUGAAACGGUGAAUUAUGGAAAGCUACUUUGGUUUUUAAAAGUUGCAGCCUUGGAUGAACCACAGCAAAGCAAAAGAGUUAUGGACAACAACCUAUGGAAAACUCAGGAUGGUGGCAAUCACAACCAAAGCCUUUCACCUGCCUCUCCAAUCAACACUGCCUCGCGGGACUCCAGCUCACAGUCAGAAGAGAGCAAGAGCCUGGUGGAGAGCUUGAAGAUGGCACUAAGGGAAACCAAUGGCAAACUCAACAUAGAGACCCUCAGCCUGAGUCUUCGAAAAGAAGAUCACUCAUUUUCUGGCUGCCUGCCACCGCCCAAGGUCAGGGCUAUAUGUGGGAAGCAUGGAUUAUAUCUGACUUUGAGCCUCCUGGAAACAUUGCUUAACCAUCAAGAUUUGGGUUAUCAAAGUGAAAUAAAAUGGCAGAAUUUUGUGAAGAUGUUGAGCAGAGCUUCCUCUGACUUGUCAUCUGAUUUGCCUCCAGGAAAGAAGGGAGAGGAAACCUCUGUGACUCCAGUGCAGCCUGAAGUUCUUGAGACAUGUCAAGGCAAAACCGGACACACGAAAACUCCAGAAAAGAAACUGCAGCCAGAAAACCCUCCUGCUGAGACUUCAGCCCCCAAAGAUCCCCUAGGUGCUUUGAAGAUCAGGCCAGUCUCCCAGCCUUUCGUGAGUCCAUUGAGGAACAAUGAGUCUGAAGAAUGUGAGACAUGGAUCGACAGGUUCAGGAAGCUAGAAAAUGCCCUCUACUUGUGUGAUCUGAGUAAUACAGGAGUCCUGGAGAAGGAACGGGCCAAACGCCUCCUUUACAACUACAAUCUCAUUUACAACCUGUCCCUGAGCCCUCGGAAAAUCGACCAAGCCUUGCGGAGAUUCCACGAUGGAGAAAAUAUGCUCUUGGAGCCAGCGCUUCGGUACUUAAAGGAACUUUAACAAGCCCAUAUUGUGAGAACAGAUGUUUCUUUUAUCCCUUUUUACCCAGACAUGUGUUUCUCCCCAGCCCCAACUGUAGUGGUGGAGACACUGUCAGAGUUGAGGCCGAUGGAGCUAUUGCAGAUGCUUCAGACUUGGACCUGGUUUCUGGCUAUGACACUUGCUCAUAAGCACCUCAAAGGCAUUCAAGGAAACCAGGUUUUCUUUCCUAAGGUGGCAAGAACCCAAUUUCUUAAAAUUCCCUUCUAUUCUAA